GCAGUUUCCGAACGUUUCGAGAUUUGGCGGGUAAUCGUGCUGCACCACUAUUGUACACUUACAUCCUACAUCAUUGCAUCUCUGCAAUUGUAAUUGUGAACUACUAGGGUCUGAGUGGAUCUAGGAGGCAGGGAGCUUCCGAUUCCGGGGUUUCAUUUUCGAAGUUGAAUUUCACCGUCGAAGAAGGAGAUCCUGAAACGAUGAAUCCUGAUUUGCCGUAUUGUAUUGAAUAUGCGAAAAGCUCUCGCGCCUCGUGUCAAAGUUGUAAGAAAUCUAUUCUAAAGGAUUCACUGAGACUUGCUACCGUUGUACAGAGUCCUGUUCACGAUGGAAAAAUACCAAAAUGGUAUCAUUCUACUUGUUUCUUCUUGAAACAGAGACCUAAAACUGUUGCGGACAUAGCUAAUUUUGACAAUAUUCGCUGGGAUGAUCAACAAGAUGUUAAAAAAAAGAUUGAGGAAGCAAGUCUGCUUCCACCAUUGCCUGCUGGAAAAGGAAGAAAACGAGCCAGCACAGCAAACGAUGGAGGUGUUGUAAAAGACUUUUUGGUUCAAUAUGCAAAAUCUAGUAAGUCGACUUGCAAAGGCUGUGAAGAGAAAAUAGUGCAAGGUGAGAUUAGGGUGUCUAAAAAAGAUUUCGAAAGCGAACAUGGUAGAAAAUAUGGUGGUAUCGACAGAUGGUAUCAUUUUGAAUGCUUUGUGAAAAUAAGGCAAGAGCUGGAGUUUCAUGAAAGUGGCGGAGAUCUGCCUGGCUGGAAAGAUCUCUCCAAAGAUGAUCAGAAAAAGGUCAAAGCAGAUUUACCAAAACUUAAGUCAAGCGAUAUUCCAUCGGUUAAGAAAAUGAAAGAGGAACCACAAGAUAUGCAAGAAGAGCAUGAAAUGGAGAAGCAGAAUAAAGAAUUAUUUAAAAUUAGGGAUAUGUUAUCUUCGCUAAAAAAGAACGAUAUUAUUGCUAUAUUGGAAAAGAAUGAACAACAGAUUCCAGAAGGAAUGACAGCUUUGCUGGACCGAUUGAGCGAUACAAUUUGCUUUGGUGCUCUGAAGCCAUGCUCGAAAUGCAGUGGGCAACUUGUGUACACUUCGGGUCUUGGAUAUAAAUGCACUGGAGAUGUAACGGAAUGGGCUAAAUGCGAGCACGUAACUCAAGACCCCAAGAGAAAAAAGAUAUCGAUACCGUCGAACUUGAAGCAACAAUACCCCGAGCUUAAAUCCUUGAAGAGCAAAGUCAACAGAAGAUUGAUAAAAGUGACUGCGCCAUCAACGUCUACUUCAAUAAAAAAAGAAGAUGAAGUUGACUCUGGACCAAAAGUUCAAUCAAAGCCAAAACCAUUGAAGCACAUGCAAUUCUUUAUCAUAGGUCGUACAGGGAGAGAUAAAGCCGAUUUGAAGAAAGAAAUCAUCCACUUGGGAGGAGAGGUGAGUGCGAAGCUUCACGAAAACGUCACUGCUGUGAUAUCGACUCAAAAGGAGAUCGACAAAAUGAGUGCGAAAAUGGAAGAAGCCCAGAGUCUUGAUAUUCAAGUUAUUACCGAAGAUUUUAUUGACGAGGCUAAAGAAUAUACAAAGCCUGCUCUCCCGCUAAUUAAAAAGAAAACCAUUUCCAGUUGGGGUGGUGAUUUGUCCAGUAGAAUUAAUGUUGUAGCGGAGAAGUCCGCUGCGAAAAGCAAGAGUAAAAGUUCCUUCGAAAAGUCCGGAUCUGGAAAAAUGAAAUUACAACUGAAAGAUGGAGGAACUGUUGACCCGGAUAGUGAACUGCAAGAUGUAGCUCACGUGUAUCAGAAGGGUAAAAACAAGUACACUGUCACGCUUGUACUUACAGACAUACAAACUCAAAAGAAUAGUUAUUACAAGUUACAGGUUUUAGAGCACGAUAAACAGAAGAAGUAUUGGUUGUUCAGAAGUUGGGGCAGAAUAGGCACAACGAUCGGUGGUACAAAAUUAGAGAAAUUAAUGCUAGAAGAAUGUAUAGAACAGUUUGAGAAUCUGUACGAGGAAAAAACUGGAAAUGUUUGGAGUCAAAGGGAACACUUUGUUAAAGUGCCUCAUAAGAUGUAUCCAGUCGACAUUGAUCAUGGCGAGGACGUUCCCGUUCAGUUACUAGAGUCUGAUAUUAAGAGCGAACUAGAGAAACCAGUUCAAGAUUUAAUAAGAAUGUUAUUCGAUGAAUCGACUAUGAAGAAAGUAAUGGCGGAGUUCGAAAUCGACACGGAGAAGAUGCCGCUUGGAAAGAUAACUAAAAAGCAAAUACAAAAGGCGUACACUGUGUUAACAGAUCUGCAGAAGCUAUUGAAGAACGACAACGUUGAGCGAAUUACUUUAAUAGACGCUUCUAAUAGAUUUUAUAAUUUAAUACCUCAUAACUUUGGAGUGUCCGGACCAAAGAUCUUGGAUAAUCCCGAAGAGAUCCGUGCAAAAUGUGACAUGCUGGAUGCAUUACUAGAGAUGGAAAUUGCUUACUCGCUUCUGCAUUCUAAGGUAGAUUCGUCGAAGAAUCCACUUGACGCUCAUUACAAACAAUUAAAUGCAGAUAUCAAAGUACUGGAUAAGGAGGGCGAAGAAUACAAGCUCAUCGAAGAGUACGUUAAGAACACUCAUGCUGCGACUCACGACCAGUAUGACCUCAAUAUCGAAGAUGUAUUUACUGUUAAGAGACAAGGAGAGGAUAGUAGAUACAAGCCGUUUAAAAAGCUGCCAAAUAAGAAGCUGUUGUGGCAUGGUUCCAGAACAACUAACUUUGCUGGUAUACUUUCUCAGGGUUUGAGAAAAGCUCCUCCCGAAGCACCUGUUACCGGUUACAUGUUUGGUAAAGGUAUAUACUUCGCGGAUAUGGUGUCGAAGUCCGCCAACUACUGUUGCACGAACAGCCAGAAUAACACCGGGUUGUUGCUGCUUUGUGAAGUCGCGUUGGGUAAUAUGUAUGAAAGAUACGCGGCCGAUUUCAUUGAGAAGUUACCAAGCGGUAAACAUUCCACGUUUGGUCGUGGUCAAACCCAACCCGAUCCUGAAAAGUCGCAUAAGACAAACGAUGGCGUUGAAAUUCCAUGCGGUACAGCCAUGACCACGAAGCUUUCUAAGAAAUCGUCUUUGUUGUACAAUGAAUACAUUGUAUACGAUGUUGCUCAGGUAAAGAUACAAUACUUGGUAAAGAUGGAAUUCAAGUAUAAGACGUAAUAUUUUUUUACGCAGUCUCAUUGACUUUUAGAAUAGAAUUAUUAUAAGUUACUUCUAAUGAACUUUGUCUUUGUGUCUUAAAUAUAUUUCCGGUACUACCUCGCGCAUAAACGUGAUAAAUAUAAUAUUUCAGUGAUAUAUAUGUAUGAACAUUUUUCUAUAAGUUGAUAAAAUAAAUUUACAUAAAAUGGCCGAAUGCUUUUAUUAACAUAUACAA